GAAGCCCCCCCCCAUGGCUCCCCCCACGCAGGCUCCCCGAAUUCACGGAGGGCGAGAAGAGGAGGAUCAAUGGCACCUAUGACUACUUCGGGUUCAACCACUACACCACCGUCCUGGCCUACAACCUCGACUACGCCCCUGCCAUCUCUUCCUUUGAUGCAGACAGAGAACGGGGUGUCCCAGCGGCGAGAAACAGACCUCAACGACACCGCAAGGAUCUACUACCUUCGCAGUUACAUCAACGAGGCCCUCAAAGCUGUGCAGGAUAAGGUGGACCUUCGAGGAUACACGGUUUGGAGUGCGAUGGAUAACUUCGAGUGGGCCACGGGCUUCUCGGAGAGAUUUGGUCUGCAUUUUGUGAACUACACUGACCCUUCUCUGCCAAGGAUCCCCAAAGCAUCAGCCAAGUUCUACGCCUCUGUGGCCCGGUGCAAUGGCUUCCCUGACCCCGCUGCAGGGCCGCACCCUUGUCUCCAGCAGCCAGAAGGUGCUGGCCCCACCGUCGGCCCCGUGCAAAAGGAGGAGGUUCAGUUCCUGGGGCUGAUCCUCGACAUGGCGGCAGCUCAGACAGCUUUGUACGUCCUCUUUUCUCUUGUGCUUCUUGGAGUCUGUGGGCUGGUAUUUCUGGCAUACAAGUACUGCAAGCGCUCCAAAGAAGGGGAAACCCAGCCAAGCCAGCAGGAAUUGAGCCGAAUGUCUUCAUUCUGA